ACAGAGAGCCUGAGAGCUGCCUUUGUUCCACUUGUGUCUGAACGUUGGAGGAGAAACAGCAGGCUCCAGUUUUCAUUAACUCAUUUGCAGAAGUGUAAAAUUCAUGUUCACUGAACAUUUUCCCCACUCUGAGGUCUUUCAACUGACUUUCAAACAAUGCUGUCAUGUCGUGCCUGGUGGACCUGGGAUGUGCUACUACUGUUCUUAGGCCUGUCGAUCCAUGCUUGUUCAGCAGCUCAGGUCAUAGAAGAACGAGGCUCAAAAGAACAUCUUGAUCUCACAGAGUUAAUAGGAGUUCCACUCCCUCCUUCUGUCUACUUUGUCACUGGCUACGGAGGUUUUCCAGCGUAUAGCUUUGGUACAGAUGCCAACAUUGGUCGAUUGACAAGUGCUAUAAUACCAUUGCCUUUCUAUAGAGAUUUUGCAAUUGUAGUUACAGUGAAACCAAACAGUGAUCGUGGAGGAGUGCUAUUUGCAAUAACAGAUGCCUUCCAGAAAACUAUUUACUUGGGAAUUAGACUUUCACCAGUUGAUGAGAGCACCCAGAGAAUAAUUAUGUAUUAUACUGAACCUGGCUCUAGUAUCUCCCGAGAAGCGGCUUCAUUUAAAGUGCCAGUGAUGACUAAUAGGUGGAAUAGAUUUACAGUGACUGUUCAGGGAAAUAACAUUGCUUUGUUCAUGGACUGUGAAGAGUAUCAGAGAGUUCAGUUUCAGAGGUCGGAUCGAGCCUUGGUAUUUGAAUCUGGCUCUGGGAUAUUUGUUGGUAAUGCAGGAGCCACAGGACUGGAAAAGUUCACAGGCUCAAUUCAACAUCUGACAAUCAGAGCUGACCCAAGAGCUACUGAAGAUCAUUGUGAAGAUGAUGAACCAGAUGCUUCAGGGGACAUCAGUGGCAAUGGCAGUGUUCAAGAAUAUGAAGGCAUUCCUGAGACACAAGAAGAACUUGUGCCUUCUCACCUUCUCGUAAGGCCUGAAGAUUCAUUGGCUGAGGCAGUGGAAGCACCUCCAACCAUAUUAUCUUAUUUGGAAGAAAACGAUUUCUCAGGACAUCACAGAGCAGAAGAAACCUCUGAACCAGCUAAAAUCAAAGAACAAGACUCAGUUAUUGUGGAAACUGGACAAAGCAACAGAGAAUCUACAGCUCUCAUGCAGAAAAUCCUAAGAGAAGAAGACAGCUCUGGUGCUAGUGUCUCGCUAGGAGUGAGCAGAGAGAUUAGACUGAAACCUGAAGAACUGGGUUCUGGAUAUGCUGAUAGAGAAAUUGAGAUUUUAAAAGGCAGCCCAGGAUUGCAUGGCCAUCCAGGAAAACCAGCCCCUGAUUCAGAUGUAGGACUUCCUGAAUCACCAGGGGAAGAUGGAUCUGCUGGUGAACUGGGCCCUGAACGUCCGCCAGGUCUUCCUGGUCUUGAUGGUGUGGUUGGCCCACCAGGACAGAAGGGAGAAAAGGGUGAUAGAGGUCUUCCUGGUUCUGUUGGUGCAAAGGGUGAUACUGGAGUCACUGGACCAAUAGGCCCUAAAGGAGAAGCUGGCGCUGAUGGUGCUCCCGGGAAACCUGGACCGCCUGGGCCCCCUGGGCCCCCUGGACCUCCUGGACCCACGGGUGUAAGCUACAGUUUAGGAUUUGAGAGAAGCCCAAGUACAAAAGGACAACCUGGCAUCACUGGACAUCCUGGAGGUGUGGGUCCAAAAGGGGAGAAGGGUGACCCAGGACCUCAGGGUGAACCAGGAAAGAAUGGCAACGAUAUUGUGGGUCCACCUGGACCACCAGGACCACCAGGACCAAUCAUAGCCAUACCAGAGCUAUUUCUCAAUGAUACAAAAGGAAUUCUUAACUUCACUGCAAUUGAAAAACUGUUUGGGCCUCCUGGACCAGAUGGUAAGCCAGGUUUACCAGGAUUUCCUGGCCCGCGGGGACCAAAGGGUGAUAUUGGCUUGCCUGGAUUGAAAGGACUCAAAGGACAGCAGGGUGAAAAAGGAGAAUCUGGAGCUGUCAUUGCUGCUGAUGGAUCUUUAACUGAAUUGUUAGGAAGAAAAGGGCAGAAGGGUGAAGCUGGAGUGGUAGGACCAAUGGGACCAAUGGGACCAAUAGGACCUGCUGGACCUAAAGGAGAACUUGGUUUCCCAGGACGCCCAGGCCGCCCAGGACUGAAUGGGCUGAAAGGUGUGAAAGGUGAACGAGGUGAAGCAUUAAACGGCAUUCCUGGUUUGCCUGGGCCCCCUGGGCCCCCUGGACCUCCAGGACAUAUAGUUCACAUCAAAGGAGCAGUUUUCCCAGUCUCUCCUAGACCUCAUUGCAAGAAUACAGUGACCAAUACUUACCCUGGAAAUCAAAAAGUUCUUAAUGUCCAUGGUGCUAAAGGAAAUGGAGAUUGCUGGAGUCUGAGCAAUUCAGUGGACUUAAAAGGAGAAAAGGGAAACAGAGGUGCUCCAGGACCCCCAGGUCCACCUCUGCCUCCAUCAUAUUUCAGCCAUUUUAUUAAUACCAUGAAGGGUGAAAAAGGAGACAAUGGUGUAAAAGGAGAAAAAGGAGAACCAAAUGGAGGUUUUUACCUGACAGGACCACCUGGACCACCUGGAAGACCAGGAUUAGUUGGACCUAAAGGGGAUUCAGUUGUUGGACCCAGGGGACCUCCAGGGUUGCCUGGCUUACCUGGUUUACCAGGUUAUGGAAAAAUUGGACCACCUGGCCCACCAGGCCCACCAGGACCCCCUGCAAUAUAUGGAUCAGCAGCCACAAUGCCUGGACCACCAGGUCCUCCUGGAGAACCAGGGUCACCUGUAACCAGGAAUCUGGUUACAACAUUUCAAAACAUUGAAGGCAUGUUGGAAAAGGUUCAUUUGGUAACAGAAGGUACACUAAUCUAUCUUAGAGAAACCAGCGAUGUUUUUAUCCGUGUUCAAAAUGGAUGGAGAAAAUUGCAGCUAAGUGAGCUAAUUCCUGUCCCUGACGAGAGCCUUCCCCCUCCAGCUGUAUCUAGUUAUGGAUUUCAAUCUCUUCCGGUACUGAAUCCAAUAUCAAACGUGAACAAUGGAAAACCAGCACUGCACCUGGUGGCUUUAAACUUACCGUUUUCUGGUGACAUGAGAGCAGAUUUUCACUGUUUCCAACAGUCCCAGCAAGCAGGUUUGAUGACUACCUAUAGGGCCUUUCUCUCAUCACAUUUGCAAGAUCUGGUCACGGUUGUCAGAAAAACGGACCGAUACAAUUUGCCAAUAGUAAAUCUUAAGGGAGAAACACUUUUCAACAACUGGGAAUCUAUAUUUGAUGGAAAUGGUGGACAAUUCAACAUUCAUGUUCCAAUAUACUCUUUUGAUGGGAGAAAUGUCAUGACAGAUCCAUUCUGGCCUCAAAAAAUAAUAUGGCAUGGUUCAACUACAAAUGGGAUCCGACUGGUCAGCAACUACUGUGAAGCCUGGCACACAGCUGAUUUGGCAGCUAUGGGACAAGCAUCACCACUGAACACGGGAAAACUUCUUGAUCAGAAAACAUAUAGCUGUAAUAAUCGGUUUAUUGUUCUCUGUAUUGAAAACAGUUUUGUAUCUGAUCCCCAGGGAAAAUAACUCAUCUGCUGCACAUAAUAUUCUAUAUUAUGACAGAAAAAGCUGACACAGAUGUUUCAUUUGCAAUGAUGUAAAUAUUUUAUUAUUUUUUGUAAUUGCACAUUUCAGGAAAAAAUAGCCAAAGAAAACAUACCUCAACACAAACCAUAUUCCAGUUGGGUGGAAUGUUCAGUGUUCAUGGGGCACACUUAAAGCUUUUCUUUCCACUCAACCUUUGUAUGGUUCAAGGUAUGCCAACAUUUCACUCACAGCCUCUUUCUGAGUCUUUCUGAGUUGAGGAUCAGUGAAGGUCACUAGUCAAGUAUGGGCUACAGGGAAGAUUCAUUAGCCUGCCUUCGCGGCUGCUCUUUCUUCGCAGUUAAGUCUUCUUUUCACUUGCAUAGGUUUUGAAUAUCUGAGGCACUAUUCAAAUAUAUCAUAGAAUGGCUUGAAUUGGAAGGGACUUUGCCAUGGGCAGGCUUGUCAACCACUAGAUCAGGUUGCCGAGGGACCCAAUCAACCUGGCCUUCAACAGUUCCAGGGAGUGGAAGUCAACGCUUGCAUUCCACAGCUUCUCUGGGCAAGCUGUUACAGUGCUUCACCACCCUCUCAUUUAAAAUAAUAAUAGUCCUCUUAAUAUCUAAUCUAAAUGUCCCUUAUUUUAGUCAUCGCCCUUUGUUCUAUCACUAUCUAACCAUGUAUAAAGUUGUUCUCCCUGCUGAUUAUAAGCUACUUUUAAGCACUGGAAAGCCACCAUGAGGUUUACCCAGAGCCUUCUCUUCCCCAAGCUGAAUAAGCAAGGCUCCCUCAACCUUUCCUCAUUGGAGAGGUGCUCUAGCCCUCUGAUAAUCUUUGUGGCUCUCCUCUGGACCCACUCCAACUGCUCCACAUCUUUCUUGAGCUGGGGAAGCCAGACCUGGAGGCAGUACUCCAUAUGGGACCUCACAAUGGAAGAGUGGAGGGGAACAAUCUCCUCUCCCACCCUGCUGGCCAUCCCUCUUUUGAUGCAGCCCCAGCUGCAAGAACAUACUGCUGGCUCAUGUCAAGGUUUUUGGCCAUGAGGACCAGUAGUCCUUCUCUGCAGGGCUGCUCUCAAUGAGUUCUUCUCUCAGUCUGUACUCAUACCUAAGAAUGUCCCAACCCAAGUACAAUACCUUGCACUUAGCCUCAUUGAAUCUCACUAGGCUCAUGUGGGCCCACUUCUUGAGCUUGUUAAGGUCCCUUUGGAUGGCAUCCCUUUCAGUUUGGUGUCAUCCUCAAACUUGCUGAGGGUGCACUUGAUCCCACUGUACGUCUUUGAUAAAGAUGUUGAAGAGCACCAGUCUCAAUUCGAACUGCUGAGGACACCACUCAUCACAGGCCUCCACCUGGACACAGAGCUACUGAACGCAAUCCUCUGCCUGUGAUCAUGCAGCCAAUUCCUUAUUCACCAAAUAGUCCACACUUCAAAUCCUAUCUCUCCAAGUUAGAGAUAAGGAUGUGGUCUUGCAGAAGCCAAUAUACAUGACAUCAGUUGCUCUUCCUUUGUCCACUGAUGCCAUUGCUCCUUCCUAGAUGGCCGCCAGAUUGACCAAGCACAAUCUGCCCUUGGUGAAGCAUACUGGCUGUCUUAGAUCACCUCCUCAUCUUGUGUGUGCCUUCACAUAGCUUCAAAGGAUGAUCCGUUUCAUGAUCUUCCCAGGCACAGAGGUGAGGCUCACCAGCCUGUAUAGUUUCCUGGGUUCGUUUUUCCUUAAAAAUGGGAGUGAUGUUUCCCUUUUUCAAAUCAACAAGGACUUUACUUGACAGCCAUGACUUUCUGAAUACUAUGGAGAGUGGCUUCGCAACCACAUCAGACAGUUCUUUCAGGACACUGGGUUGCAUGUCAUCAGGCCCCAUAGACUUGUUGUACACAUUCAGUCUCAUCAAGGGGUCUUGAACUUGCCCUUCUCUUAUUUUAUUCCUCCUACUCCCACCAAAAGGUUCCAGGACUUGAGAGUCUUGGGAAGACUGACUGUCAGUGGGUGCAAAGAACCUCUUGAGUACCUGACCUUCUUCAUGCCUUCUGUAGCCAGUUCUCCCUUCUGAUUUAUCAGAGAGGGUACACUCUCAUUGGCCUGUGUCUUCCGACCAAUAUACCUGUAGAAUCCCUUCUUAUUAUUCUUUGCAUCCCUCGUCAACUUCAGUUCCACGUGUGCCUUGGCUUUCCUGAUCCCAUCUCUGCACAUCCAGACAGCAUCCCUGUAUUCUUCACAGGCAAUAUGUCCCUGCUUCCACUGCUUGUACAUUUCCUUCUUAUUCAUCAGUUUGACUUGCAGGUCCUUGUUUAGCUUUGCUGGUUUCCUGCCUCCUCUGUUUGAUAUAUGUAUAUAUACAUGCCAUCCCACGUGUACUGAGCAAAUAAGAGGAUGCUGUUAAAUUUUACAGGGAUGGACUCCUCAAAAAGCUUUAAGAACAAAGGGGCUUGACUCCUUGGAGUCUCAAUGGAGACUCAAUACUAAUACCUAAAUACCUAACUGUAAAAAGAUUUUACAGAUUCCAUCCUGGUGCUUACACAUGAAUUUAGCAACCUGACAUCUUACUUCCACUUUUUUCAUCAUAGAUUCUAGGCAUAGUGUUUUAUGCAGGAGGACUGAACCUAGACAAAAUCUGGUCCUUAUUUUGGUGCUAUUGUUAUCAGGAAAUCUGGAGCAAUGUUAAUAGAAAACAUCCUGUUUCAACUGGCAGAAAUGUGCACACAAAUGCAGAUAAACAAGCCAUCUGACCUUUAUUUAUUUAAUUUAGUGUUAGAGGAAAUCAUUUCCUGUUGUGCCAAAUAUGGUUGAAUGAAAAAUAUCUGUCAUGGUCUCCUUACAAUAGGUUCUAGGCAUUGUCAUCUUACUAUGUUAUAUGUAAUUUUCCUUUUAGUGAAUUUACCCUUCUGGCAUUCAGAUGGUGAAAGAAUUAUUAAUAUAAAAUCACAGCAUCAGUGACAGGAAUGACCAUUAAAUGCUAUUAUUCCUCACAAGCAUUAUCACCAUAAUAUCUUAAGUCUCUUGCCUAAAUAUUUGCCUACUAUGUACUUUAAAAAAAGCAUUUACUUGUUUUUUUUAUUUGGCAGUAACUAUGUAGUCAAGCAUCACAUUAUCAUUUUUAAAGAUUCAACCGGGAGAUUAGGUUGGAAACACCAAAUUGCUGAUAAAUAGACUACUACUAUUAGACAGCUACUUUCAAGACAAGAGAAGCCAAAUCAUAUUUACUAUACUAAACUGAUCUAAUUAUUAUAUAACAUAAAAAUGUGAAAUCCAGCAUUAUUUCUUUAAUUUACUAUAAAAGCAUAUAAAGUCA